AUGUGCAGCAUCUCAAAGCUCAAGGCAACUCCCAGAUCAGAGCGAAAGUUCUGGCCAUUUGAUGCCGGACCUUCCGAACGGAGCUGGACUGCAGAGACUGUGAAGCCAACACGGUUUCCCAUGGCGAGGGAGAUCGACAUGUCUGAAAAAGAAAGCAGAGAGCGCUUUCAUUGGUUUUGCGGUGCGUUUGUUUUUGCGUUUGCUUUCGUGGCCCUUUGUGGAACUCUUAUGGUGUUUGUGGGAGCCAAAUUGAAAAACACUCGCAAGAACAACCAUGAACUGCUCAGUUUAACAGAGGAAGGCCAACUCGAAUCUUCAGAGGACCUCCAAUCCCACAAAGGACUAGACCUUUCUUCGUUAGCAUGA